GAAGGAGGGGCGCGCGCGGCGGCCAGCCCGCAGACGCCGGGAGCCGCGCAGCAGAGAAGAACGCUGGCCGCGAGCCUGGGCGAGCCGAUCUGAUUUGUAUCCAGUCUGAUCAGUAGUCUCUCACAUAAGACUUUCCAGACCCAGGACUCCAGAGGAGCCAGGCACCUCACAAGAAGGCGACUGUAACUUCCGAUUCCUUGGUGGAGGAAAACACCCCGCUCUGGUCUUGCUUCCAACGAUGCAAGUGUGAUUGCUGGCGUCUUCAUGAGCUCCAGAGGUCACAGCACGCUCCCCCGGACUCUCAUGGCCCCCCGGAUGAUUUCUGAGGGAGACCUAGGAGGCAUUGCGCAGAUCACCUCUUCGCUCUUCCUGGGCAGAGGCAGCGUAGCCUCCAACCGGCACCUCCUCCAGGCUCGUGGCAUCACCUGCAUUGUGAACGCUACCAUUGAGAUCCCCAAUUUCAACUGGCCCCAGUUUGAAUACGUUAAAGUGCCUCUGGCUGACAUGCCUCAUGCCCCCAUUGGACUGUACUUUGACACCGUAGCCGAUAAGAUCCACAGCGUGAGCCGGAAACACGGGGCCACCCUGGUGCACUGUGCUGCGGGGGUCAGCCGCUCGGCCACGCUCUGCAUCGCGUACCUGAUGAAAUUUCACAACGUGUGCCUGCUGGAGGCCUACAACUGGGUGAAAGCCCGGAGGCCCGUCAUCAGGCCCAACGUCGGCUUCUGGAGGCAGCUGAUAGACUACGAGCGCCAGCUUUAUGGGAAGUCGACAGUUAAAAUGGUACAGACACCGUACGGCAUAGUGCCAGACGUUUACGAGAAGGAGUCCCGCCACCUGAUGCCUUACUGGGGGAUCUGAGCCACCAGAGCCCGCAGCAGCAGCCCCUCGAGCAGGCCCAGCAUCUGCCACACGCCGUCUGCUCCCCUCCUCACCUUUCUUUCCAAAUGGUGGACAAAUGCUCCUCCCUGAAGUGUUUUUUUUUUACACUGGGUGUUUCAUGUUUUAUUUUGAGAGAGAGGGAAGGGAGGGGAGGAAGACACGGGGGAAUGCUCACAUUGCUACUAACAUUUUUAAAACUAACAUUUUGGAAUAGUGUUUAUGAAAAUCUUGAACUGGCUUUUAAACAGUUUCAAGUUUCAGCAUUUUUAACAAUUUCAACAGUUUAAUAAACUGUUUGGUUCUGCUCUGUUCUCAACCCCAUGCCUCUUGGCAUCAUGGGAGGAGCUCAGUGCAAAAAUCACUUUGGACCCCCAUCAACCCUUUAGAUACAGGCUUUGCCCAGGCUGCCAACCAAACAAAUGCUUAGGGAACACUGAUACCAGCAUCAGUCUCCACUGGAUCAGCCCUACUCUUUCCUUUCCUUCUAUUAUUUAGUGACUCUGUAAGUUAAAAAAAAAAGCCUUUAUUAUUUAGCUGUUAAUUAUAAUGCAAUCUGCUGCAAACACCCUCUUGGAAUCAGUGUGCCCCAGGAGUAUAUUAGCAUUAUUUUUAAUAAAUACAUCUGCUUAACAUAUUGGAAUUUUUACUAAUGAGAAUUUCAGGGUGUGCGUGUGUAUGUGUGUGUGUUGAUGGACAAAAGAUAGCUCUUGAGUAACCAUUAAGGGUAUGGCUCCUGUGAAAAUUGUGAACACUACUUAAAACAGACACCCCCUUGAGUCGCAUCCUUGCAGAUGGGCGGUGUUGGCCUCACUCGCCACGCUGGGACAGGAGACACACAGCCUGCUGCACGCUAGUGAAGUGCAGCUCUCGGCCGUCUCCUGAUAGCCGGAAGGCACCGAGGCAGUGAGUCCUCCAUGAGAGAAGUUGUUUUUUAACAAAAGGUAUGCCCCUCUGCCUGCCUACUGACUUACACAGAAAUGCCCUGAACCAAGCCUCAGCAGCUAACACAAUGGCUUUCUUUGCUGAAACCUGGGAAUGUGCCACUGCCCCUCGUAAAUCGGAUGACACAACAGGGGAUAGGUACAUGUUUCUGCUAGCGUCUCUACUCCAUGCGCCCCUGGGAAGCCACUGGGAGCUCCCAGGUUGCCCUUCCUUUUCCAGGAGAGCCACUUGU